UCUUCUUCCUCGUGGGUCGUCGCGCCGCCGUCGCCGCCGUUGUCGUUGUCGUCGUCGUCGUCGUCGUCGUCGUCGUCGUCGUCAUCGUCGUCGUCAUCGUCGCCGUCGCCGCCGCCGCCACCGCUGACGCCAUCGCCGUCGCAGGUAAAAUCGGCAGAAAAGCGCGAAAGGGCGAUGGAACGCGCGCCACAGCCGUACAACUUCACGAGUCCGCGCACGCGUGCAUGCGCGUCGUAUGUCGCGAACUCCGUGUGCAGCAACUCGCGCGACAAUUCUUGACACUUCCGCAAAAUGGGAGUCUUCUCGCGGUACCGCUCGCCUUACGAUUACGCGCCGUGAUCCAUCUCCCAUCUUCUCACUCGUCGUUCCUCACAACACCUCUUCUUCUCCUUCCUCACCGCUUAUCGGCCAUUGCUUCGCCAUUUUAUCCGCGAGCUCGCGUCGCGACGCGUUUCUCGGACGGCUCGUCUCUUUCGACUCGCCUCAUCUUCUUCCUCCGUCGAUUUCGCGUUUCCGUCAUCGUUAUUUUUCACGGCCACAACGCGACGCGACGCCACGCGACGCGGCGCGGCGCAACGGCCACCUCGUCGCCGCGCAGUGCGAAACUUUCGAACGCGCGCGUUCGCUCGGCUCGCCACGUUGAUUCGUCGCGCGUCGUCACGCGCGGCACAUUCGAAGCGCCGUGCCGCACCGCGACCACCUUCGCCCCGCGACGAUGGACGAGUCCGGGGUCGACAUGGGCUUCGACCUGACGGCCGCACUGACCGCCGACCUCACCGCCCACCAUGCCGCCACCACCCUCGGCGAUUACGACGACGAUUUUGAGCAGACCCUGUCUCUCUUGUCGACCUCCACCAAGGAUUUGAUGUACUACGAGCUGAAAAGUCGUGCUCCCAACACUGCCAGCCCGCCGACGUUCAAAACAGCGACACCGACGUCGCGCACGCAAUUGAAGCUGCAGCUGAUGCGGGAGCAGCUGCAUGAGCAGGAGAGGCGAGAGGCGGAAUUCCGGCAGAGCUUGCAGCAGCACAGGCCAGCUGCCGCACCACCCAGGCCAGUGCCACCUACGCCAUUGCCUACCAUUGGCGUGGAUGUGCCGCCGCAAGUAUUGCAAGUGCGGACGUUGUUGGAGAAUCCGACGCGCUACCACGUGGUGCAGAAGCAGAAGAACCAGGUGCGCCAGUACCUGCACGAGUCGUUCCGCGGGGGUAGCGACGGCAAUGCGGUCGUCGGCAGCGCCGGCAGCGAGGGUGGCAGGACGCCGGUCGACGCCGGGCCGCCGCCCGUCCCAAUGGUGGUGCAAAGCGCACCGCCCGGCCCGCAACUGCAUCACCCGAAGCCGCAGCAUCCUCAUCUCGCCUCGUACCCGCACGCCCCCGCGCUACUGCCGCACGGCAACCCCGUGGUCUCGGCGAGCCCGGAUCCCGCCACCGGCGCCAUGUCUCCGGGUCUGUCGAGCGUCGCCACCAGCAACUCUGAGGCUGAGGACCUCUUGGACGACAUCCUGUCGUUCGAGGCUGGCUCCUUGGGCGACGGUUUGAAGGACGGUCAGGCCGGCAGUCUAACGAAUAUACCGGAGCUUCAGAUUAAGCCGGAGCCUCUUCUGCUCACCGAAGCGGAGAUCCAUGCCCUUGCUAAGGACCGACAGAAAAAGGAUAACCACAACAUGAUCGAGCGACGGCGGCGCUUCAACAUCAACGACAGGAUCAAGGAGCUCGGCACCCUUCUGCCCAAGACCAAUGACCCAUACUACGAGAUUGUUAGGGACGUCAGGCCGAACAAGGGUACGAUCCUCAAGUCGUCGGUGGAGUACAUAAAGUUGCUGAAGAACGAGCUCACGAGGAUGAAGCAGAACGAGCUCAGGCACAAGCAACUGGAGCACCAAAAUCGACGGCUGCUCUUGCGCGUGCAGGAGCUCGAGUUGCAGGCGAAGGCGCACGGACUUCCGGUCUCGGACUUCAAUUGGGCCUCGACUUCCGUCACCAUGCUCAACAGCUUCCCGAGGAGUAAACUCGAACAGCGGAAGGUACACAUGCCGGACCUGGUGACGGAGGAGGCGACGAGUCUGAGCAUGUCGCAGUUCGAGGACUUCAUGGAGGACGACACCGGCGGUCCCGUUCACGGCGGCGACCCGAUGCUGUCGUCGCCGCACCUGCCACCGCUGAGCCCACCUGCGGCUGCCUGUCACCACGGCUUAGCCGACGAGGACACCCUGGGCAGUUUGGCGGUGACCACGUCGAAUUCCUCGUCCGACAUGGACAUUGUCGCGUAGCCAAGAAGAAGCACCGUUCUCCGUCAGCUCGGUCUCGACUUUCUCGCGAAUCGAAAGCCACCGCUCCCGAAAACUUUGCCGAGACCUCGUGGAUUUUCCACGAGGCGCCCGCGCCGGUCGACCGAGGUGAUUGAUUUAGGUUUACGCGGUGAGAACGGGACAGUGCCGGUGUCUGUGCGUGUGCGUGUGCGUGUGCGUGUGUGU